CGGAGACUACGUACACGAUUUCCUCGGCGCUCUUUUGCAUUUCAAACGUGGGAAGCGACGGUAACAAACCCUUCAAAAUCUCUGUCUGCCUCUCACGACGAUGACAUCGGGCUCACCUCGAAAUCGCAUCGAUCAGUUUUUCACUUCAAAGAAAAAGAAAACUCUAUCACCUGGUCUCAAGGCUGAGAAAACCGAUAAAGAUGCGAAAAUCAUAUUGGAUGGAUCUCCUAGUACCAAAAGUACUCUGGACAGCUUUCUUGUGAGUCCCCAUCACGAUAAAAGUCCGGUUAAACCUUCAAAGUCAGAUCAUGGUGCCGUGCCAAGGCAAGAUCCUGUUAAACGGAAUUUGACAUUGGAGAUUGAUUUAGCUUCUGAAGUUGCACAUAAACCUGUAUCUUUGCUGACCAAUUUUAGAAGUCCAGUUCAUUGCCAAAAGGCUGAUGUGCUAAGAGAACCUCAGAAAGAAGCAUCAUCUGAAAAAUCAGAUGGGGACAUUGGUUCCAAUGAAUGGAGUGAUGUUGUAAGGGGAUCUCGUGGGGCAGGUGAGGUUGCAACCUGUUCGCCUGAAGAGGAGAUGAUUGCGAUUGCAUCUGGAAAGGGCAACUUGGAACUCCGACAGUUUGCAGCUGAUUUUUUAUCUUUAUAUUGCAGUGAAGUUCCAGCAAAUGAACAGAAGUUGAACAGGCAAAAGAGAAAUGGUAGUCCAUCUUUGCUAGCUGUAGACAGCAAAACAUCCAAGAAGAAGCACUGCAUUUCAGAUCAUAACCACUCCCAAACGUGUUCUGACAGGGAUUAUUCUGAACAUGUGAAGUCUGGAUCGAGCCAUUAUGAAGAAAUUGAAGGAACCGGUUGUAAGCAAGGCAAGGAAUAUGGUAGCACAAGCGUUGAACUUUAUGCUAGCUCGAGAAAAUGCAAUCCAGCACCUAAUUCAAGCGUAAUUAUGGCAGAAUGUGUUACACCUGGUCCAUCGACCAAUGUCACGUCUAAUCAUGAAACCCCUAAUUGGGCAUGUAGGAGCUCCAUAAUUUCUCCUGGAGAUGCAUUCUGGAAUGAAGCCAUCCAAAUUGCUGAUGGUUUAUUUGGCCCAUUUGAUAAAUUUUCUGUUCAAGCUUCCAAAACUAAUAAGGUCAUUGAGGGCCAACAUGAGCGAGGAAGCACAUGUGUUAUAGAAAGUGGAAGGGGUAUUGGAAAUUCAGCCAAAUUAGCGGAAACUGAUACUGAACCCAGACACAUGGGACUGAACACUUCCAUGGAAUUGUCAGAGAAGCUUGCCAAAGAUAAUGGCAAGUUGCCUGCAGUUGUUUUUCACAAAGUAUCCCCAUUGCCUGUUAGACAUUUUGACUUCUCACAUGAGGAGAGAAACUCUGAUGAGAAUGCUCAGCCUCAAUGUUUAGAGGAAAACAUGAAGGAUGUCACUCCUAUAGGGAAUGGACUUUCUAAUAGUUUAACUCGUUGCACGGCUUUAAGAAGUAAACAAAAUAACUCAGAAGGGGAACUCAUACCUUCUUUACCCAUAUCUUUGGACAUGGACCAGAAGUUUGCAGCUUUGGCUGGCAAUGGAGAAAUGUGCCAGAUUCUAGAUGAUGCUUCUGCUUCAUCCAUAGGAGAUGGCAAAGGGGGUCUCCCAAGACAAGAGAAUGUUCUGGAGAAAGAAACCAAGAAUAGUUCCUUUGCUUACUGCAAAUAUGAUGAAGCCACUACUCCAUCAAGUUCAAGAGCACUGAAUGUCAGUUUACUGCUUAGCAGUUGGCUUCCUUCUGAAAUAUGCAGCAUUUAUAUGAAGCGAGGCAUUUCAAAACUUUAUCCUUGGCAGGUUGAAUGCCUUCAAGUUGAUGGUGUCUUGCAGAAAAGAAAUCUUGUGUACUGUGCAUCUACAAGUGCUGGUAAAAGUUUUGUUGCUGAGAUACUGAUGUUGCGGCGAGUCAUAUCAACUGGAAAAAUGGCAUUGCUUGUCCUGCCAUAUGUAUCUAUUUGUGCAGAAAAGGCUGAACAUCUGGAAGGAAUUCUUGAGCCACUUGGCAAGCAUGUUCGAAGUUUUUAUGGCAACCAGGGUGGUGGAACACUUCCUAAAGACACUUCUGUAGCUGUCUGUACAAUAGAGAAGGCAAACUCUCUUGUUAAUAGAUUGCUGGAAGACGGGCGUCUUUCAGAGGUUGGAAUUAUUGUGAUAGAUGAACUUCAUAUGGUUGGUGAUCAGAACAGGGGCUAUCUUUUGGAACUUAUGCUGACAAAGCUUCGGUAUGCAGCCGGUGAAGGCAAUACAGAAUCAUCUAGUGGAGAUAGCUCAGGUACAAGCAGUGGGAAAGCUGAUCCUGCUCAUGGUUUGCAAAUUGUUGGGAUGAGUGCAACCAUGCCAAAUGUAGCAGCUGUAGCUGAUUGGCUUCAAGCAGCAUUAUAUCAGACGGAUUUCCGACCUGUUCCAUUGGAGGAAUAUUUUAAAGUUGGAAAUGCCAUUUAUAACAAAAAGAUGGAACUUGUUCGAACAAUUCCAAAAAAUGCUGAUCUAGGAGGUAAAGAUCCAGACAACAUUGUGGAAUUAUGCAAUGAGGUUGUUCAAGAAGGUCAUUCAGUGCUUAUAUUCUGUUCCAGUCGAAAAGGAUGUGAAUCAACUGCAAAGCAUGUGGCAAAGUUCCUUAAAGAAUUCUCUGUCAGCACUCGUGAAGGUGUUUGUGAAUUUAGUGAUUCUUCUUCAGCUAUUGAAGCCUUGCGGAAAUGUCCUGCUGGAUUGGACCCCAUAUUAGAGGAAACUCUUCAUUCUGGUGUUGCCUACCACCAUGCUGGCCUCACGGUUGAGGAAAGGGAGAUUGUUGAAACUUGUUACCGUAGAGGACUUGUACGUGUCUUAACUGCUACAUCAACCUUAGCUGCUGGUGUUAACCUGCCUGCUAGGAGGGUCAUAUUCCGACAACCCAGGAUUGGCCGUGAUUUCAUUGAUGGCACAAGAUACAAACAAAUGGCUGGUCGUGCUGGUCGGACUGGAAUAGACACAAGAGGCGAAAGUAUACUGAUAUGCAAGCCAGAAGAAGUUAAAAGAAUUGCAGCUGUGCUUAACGACAAUUGCCCACCAUUGCAGUCUUGCUUGUCUGAAGAUAAAAAUGGAAUGACUCAUGCAAUCUUAGAAGUUGUCGCUGGUGGAAUUGUUCAGACUGCAAAUGACAUUCAUCGAUAUGUUAGGUGUACGCUUCUCAAUUCGACGAAACCAUUUCAAGACGUAGUAAAAUCUGCUCAGGAUUCUCUUCGCUGGCUGUGCCAUAGGAAGUUUCUUGAAUGGAAUGAAGAAACUAAGUUGUACAGCACCACACCUCUUGGGCGUGCAUCUUUUGGCAGUUCUCUCUGCCCUGAAGAAUCACUUGUCGUUCUGGAUGAUCUUUCAAGGGCAAGAGAAGGAUUCGUUCUCUCAUCUGAUCUGCAUUUAGUUUACUUGGUCACGCCCAUUAAUGUUGAUGUUGAACCAGAUUGGGAAUUGUAUUAUGAAAAGUUCAUGCAGCUGUCUGUGCUUGACCAGUCUGUUGGCAACCGAAUUGGGGUAGGAGAACCUUUCUUGAUGCGCAUGGCACAUGGUGCACCUGUGCACAUUCAGGAUAAAUCAAGAGGGAAUAAGAAAGGGGAACGUGGUAGACCUCAAAGCGUAAUUGUUGCUACUUACAACUCUACGCUUUCAGAUGAACAAACCAUUCGUGUGUGUAAAAGGUUUUACGUGGCGCUCAUGUUGUCAAGACUUGUGCAGGAGGUAUCUGUGGUUGACGUUUGUGAAGCCUUCAAAGUGUCCAGAGGCAUGGUUCAGGCCUUACAAGAGAAUGCUGGCAGGUUCGCUUUGAUGGUUUCUUUGUUUUGUGAAAGACUUGGGUGGAAUGAUCUGGAAGGCUUGGUUGCAAAGUUCCAAAAUCGGGUUUCAUUUGGAGUCAGAGCGGAGAUUGUAGAACUCACUAAUAUUCCAUAUGUUAAGGGUUCUCGUGCCCGGGCACUCUACAAAGCUGGCUUGCGCACCCCACUCGCUAUUGCUGAAGCAUCACUUUCGGAAAUAGUCAAAGCUCUUUUUGAAUCUUCUUCAUGGGCUUCCCAAGAAGGUUCCACAAUGCGACGCGUACAAUUGGGAGUUGCCAAGAAGAUUAAGAAUGGUGCACGCAAAAUUGUUCUUGACCAAGCUGAAGAAGCAAGAGUAGCAGCUUUUUCAGCUUUCAAAUCGCUUGGGGUUCUUGUUCCUCAGCUUUCCCAGCCCUUACUGCCCACUGCCAUUGGGAACUCCAUCAUGCAAGAAGGCGUUAACUCCAUCAUGCAAGAGGGCGGUAACUCCAUCAUGCAAGAGGGCGGCAUGGUUUCUUCUAGCGAAGGCACUACUAGUGGCUUUGGUAAUAAACAACCUAACGAAGAUGUUCAACUUGCACCUAGUAUAUCUGAAGCGGAAGGAAAUAAGAAACUUUGCGAUUUAGCUCAAGACCAUAGAAUUAUUGAGUUAAUUUGUGAAUCAAAUACUAGCAUGGGCAUUGCAGGGGAAGUAAACUCCAUUGGUGCCAUGCAAUAUAACUGUAAAGAUGGUGCCAGUGGAACAUCGAUUGAAGUGCCUGCUCUAUAUCACGGUCCUGAGUUCAAAGCAAUUAUCAACAACACCAAAAAUUCGGAGUCGUCCUUCUGUCAGAGGUUGGGAAAUCAUUGCAACAGUAACAGGACACCUAAUGGGCAUCUUGACAAUGAAGAGCAUGAAGGGAACAGAGAAAAAGAUCUAUCGAACUGUAUGAACGGCAGUAUUACUGAGAAAGGUCCUGUUAAUGCAAAUAAUGUGCCUGGUGGGUUUGACUCUUUCUUGGAUCUGUGGGAAACAAUCAGCGAGUUCUAUUUUGAUGUUCACUUCACCAAGAGAUCUGAGCAGAACACUUCUGUCCAGUUUGAAAUUCAUGGCAUAGCCAUCUGCUGGGAAAACUCACCUGUCUACUACGUCAGCCUUUCCAAGGAUCUGAUAUCUUCUGACAAGCUAAAUUUAACUGGCAGUUGCAAUGAUUCUUGUGGGACUGCAGCUGAGGAUAAUACAGAACUUUUAGCUCCAAGUUAUUUGUGGGAAAGAGCUAAACACAGAUGGAGUAGGAUAGCUAAGAUUAUGGAAUGUGUUGAUGUUAGAAAAGUCACUUGGAACUUGAAAGCUCAGAUUCAGGUCUUCAAGAACCCUGGUGUUUCCAUUCAUAAAUUUGGUAGGCUAAGCCUUGAAGAAAAAGAGAGGAUUGGUAUCAAGCUGAGAGCCAAUUCCUAUUUGUGGCUACCUUCCAUUUCAGUGAAAGAUGCAGUCGAUAUGUGCGUUGUGGUGUGGAUCCUAUGGCCUGAUGAGGAAAGCAGCUCCACUCCAAAUCUUGAGAAGGAAGUUAAAAAACGGCUAUCUGGUGAAGCUGCUGCUGCCGCUAAUCGGGAUGGUAGGUGGAGAAAUCAGAUGCGAAGAGCUGCGCAUAAUGGCUGUUGCCGUCGUGCUGCGCAAACACGGGCUUUGGGUUCUGUUUUAUGGAAAUUACUAAUUUCUGAAAACCUUGUUGAAGCAGUCACUAGAAUUGAGAGCCCACUAGUUGAAGUUCUUGCAGACAUGGAGCUUUGGGGCAUAGGUGUGGACAUGGAUGCAUGUUUUCGUGCAAGGCAUAUAUUAGGGAAAAAGCUAAAGCAGCUUGAGAAAGAAGCUUACAGCCUCGCUGGGAUGACUUUCUCACUGUAUACAUCUGCAGAUAUUGCAAAUGUACUAUUCAGGCACUUAAAAUUGCCCAUAUCUGAGGGCCACAGUAAAGGAAAAAAGCAUCCAAGCACAGAUAAACAUUCCCUAGAUCUGCUGAGGCAUCAACAUCCUAUCAUUUCCGUAAUCAGAGAGCACAGGACAUUGGCGAAGCUCUUAAACAGUACACUGGGAUCAAUGUGUUCACGGGCUAAGCUUUGUGUGCAGUCGCAAAAAUAUACAGUACAUGGCCAUUGGCUUCAAACCUCAACAGCCACUGGACGGCUUUCAAUGGAGGAACCUAAUCUGCAGUGUGUUGAACACAUGGUUGACUUCAAAGUCCAUCAAAAUGAUAAAAAUAGCUCAAGUUCCUCAGAUGCUGUUCAUCAUCAAAUCAAUCCUCGUGAUUUCUUUAUUCCCACCCAGGACGACUGGUUGCUGCUUACGGCAGAUUACUCUCAGAUUGAACUGCGGCUGAUGGCUCAUUUCUCCCAGGACUCUUCAUUGAUUGAACUUCUUAGCAGGCCAGAUGGUGAUGUUUUCACAAUGAUGGCUGCAAGAUGGACAGGGCAGCAAGAAUCUACACUAAGUUCCAGGGCGAGAGAUCAGACGAAACGGUUAGUCUACGGCAUCCUCUAUGGCAUGGGUGCCAAUACCCUUGCAGAACAACUGGAAUGCAGUUCAGAUGAGGCUGCAGAAAAGAUAAGAAGUUUCAAAAGUUCUUUCCCGGGUGUUUCUGCCUGGCUCCAUUAUGCUGUUAUGUUUUGCCGUCAAAAAGGAUAUAUUGAGACCCUUAUGGGGCGGAAACGUUUCUUGUCUAAAAUAAAGUUAGGGAACAACAAAGAGAAAGCUAAAGCUCAAAGACAAGCUGUAAAUUCUAUUUGUCAGGGGUCGGCCGCUGAUAUAAUUAAGAUUGCGAUGAUAAAUAUUCACUCUAUUGUUGUCAAGGGAUGUGAGGCACAGAAUUCAAGCACAGCAUGGGGAACCAAAUUUUCUGUUCUUAGAGGCCGUUGCCGAAUUCUUUUGCAGGUGCACGACGAACUAGUACUGGAAGUGGAUCCUUCAUUAGUAAGGGAGGCUGGAUUACUGCUGAAAACGGCAAUGGAAAGUGCUGCUUCACUUCUGGUUCCUUUGCGUGUUAAACUGAAGGUUGGGAGAACCUGGGGCUCUUUGGAGCCUUUUGAAGCAGACCUUACUAAAGAACAAGUCCUGGUGCAGUGUUCUUAAAUUUCUAAAGGAAGUGCUUGUGAUGCUUGCACAUUUGCCUUCAUUCUCGUGUCUAGGAUAACACUACCAUGACAAAUUGUCCAGGACAUAACUAUGCUUGCGACCAAAGAGGCCCUAAGGUAGUUAUAAUUUGAUGCAUUUGGAACCAACAACAUUCAGACAAGUUACUGGAGUUUGGGAUGUUAUAAGAGUCCUCAGGAUAGUUAACCUGUUUGGGUUAUCAAUGUGGCAACAACUCCAGCAUAAUAUUCAAGCAGUUGAGGUGAGCCGAAGUGUAUUUUCUGCAACCCUGUUUCGCUAAAGGGAUUGGAUCAUGCAACCCAACUUGCAUGUGGAAAAAUGUAAUCAGAAGAUACUGACCCAGGCUCCCAGCCCUUCAAGGUAUCCGCUUGCUAGAUCUCAAAAGUUCACUGUAUAAGAUGCGGGUUUUUUGAGGCCAUUCAACAGGACUUAUUUGAGUGUGAAAGCAGAGCCCUAUUGAGGCCGUGAUGACAAGCAGACGAUUGAAGACCUUAACAUUAUGAGCUAUAUGGUUAGACCAAUGGCUGGAUCAGCUUCUUGGAUGAAUCCCAAGGAAUGGAUGAUCCCACACGAGCAGUGGAAACGUGAUCCUACUUUGUGAGCCGUCAGAGAGGUAAGGUAACUGCAACUCACACAUCUAUUCAGUCAUCAUUAUUGGCCACUGUAACCAUAUGGCGUGGUACAAUCAGCAGCGCACCAUGUCACUCUAAGCCUUGUAAGUCAUAACCUCUCACUCCCACCUUGCCCAUGCUACAGAUGCCGCUGUUGGUGGCCAGUCUCAUUAAUUGUGUAUGGUAAGAUACUCAAAUGAUCUGCUGUACAGCAAAAGCUACAAAGUGAAGAAUUUUCUCCAAGACCCUGGAAAGUUGAUUGGAAGAUGUAGUUGGCGCAAUGAAUGCUACAACUAAUUGGUUCCUUGAAAGCUGAUGGAAAUGUAUAUACCUAACUUCAGUAGGAAAAAUUGAUUUGGCUGAAACCACCAUAAUAUCCAAUGCUUCUAGAGUUUCUCAAUACGGGUUUGUGCAUUAUCCUUGUAAAUAUCUAUUUGUUUAAUCUUUUACUCGGUAUAAACAUAUGAGGUCUACAGUUCCAAAAAGAAAUGACUACUUUGGUUAAUGUAAUAACAUCAUUGAUGGUGAGAGAUAUUGAAUGGACAGCUUCCUGUU